AUGAGAGAGGAGGUGGCGCUGAAAAUCAACCUGCCCGAGUCCCGCGUGCAGGGGACAUUGAGGGAGCGGGUGUGCCGGGAACUGCCCCGGAUCGUGGGGACACUGCCCAAAGCUCCCCCUCAGCUGCGCAUCGUCCCCGAGCGCUCGGGCGCCGCGCUGACGCUGGCGUGUCACGCCUGGGGCUUCUCCCCGCCCGCCAUCACCCUGAGGUGGCUCCGCAACGGCGCCGCCAUCGAGGAGCCGCGGGGGCCGCCCCGGGCGCUGCCGCUGGGCGACGGAACCUUCCGGGCCCAGGUGAACAUCGAGGUGACGCCGGCGACGGCCGGGGACACCUUGGAGUGCUGGGCCCUGCACCCCAGCCUGGAGGAGGCCAUCAGCGUCACGUGGGGUGAGGGGAAUUUGGGGG